GAUCGGCCGCCAUGUUGUAUCGUCUCUGAGCGCGAAUCCGACCCGUUCGGCCGCCAUGUUGUACAACCACCUGUUGCUCUCCGUCUACAUCCUCACCUUCCUGAUGGGGGUUCCCGCCAACAUCCUGUCCUUCAUCACCCUCUGCCGGAAGAUGUGUCGCAAGGCGGCGCCCAUCGACGUCCUCCUCCUCAACCUCACCAUCUCCGACCUGAUCUUUCUGGCCUUCCUGCCCUUCAAAAUGAAGGAGGCCUACGACGGCUUGAAGUGGCUGCUGCCCUACUCGCUGUGCCCGCUCACCGGCUUCAUCUUCUACGUCACCAUCUACAACAGCACGCUGCUGCUCACCGCCGUCAGCGUGGAGCGCUACCUGGGCGUGGCCUUCCCGCUCAGGUACGCCGUGUGCCGCCGGCCGCGCUACGCCGUCUGGGCCUGCUUCACCUUCUGGCUGGUGACGUCAUGCAACCUCAGCAUCGUCUACGUCAUGCCGUACUCCCAGUGGAACUACGGCGGCAACGCCAGCCCUCCCACCACCUGCUACCUGGACUUCUCAGAGGCCGACCUCAGCAUCCUGCUGCGCGUGCGCCUGGAGCUCUUCCUCGUGCUCUUCUGCGUCCCCUUCAUCAUCAGCUGCUUCUGCUACGUCAACUUCAUCCUCAUCCUCUCCCGCCUGCCCAACAUCAGCCGGCGGCGGCGGCUGCGGUGCAUCGGCCUGGCCUUCGGGACGCUGGUGGUGUUCACCAUCUGCUUCGGGCCGUACAACGCCUCCCACGUGGUGGGAUUCGUCCACGGCGACAGCCAGGAGUGGCGGAACCUGGCGCUGAUAUCCAGCACCCUCAACGCCUGUCUGGACCCGUUUAUCUUCUACCUGUCGUCAGCGGCGGUCCGCAGCGCUAUAAACCGCUGCUUCCGGAGGGUCACGGCCAAGAUGCACAUUCUGGGGUGUGGAGGGCCUCCGCAACGCAAACCGCAGAGUGGGGAACGGUUCCGGGAAGAAGUUCCGCCCUGAAGAACCCGACAUCAGGCGGAAGAUGUUCUGCCAGCUGUUAUUAGACCGUGAGAUGAUUCUGUUCUGUGGAACUGAUCGGAAAACUCUGGUGGUUUAACGUUUUAAUUUAGCAUUUCGAUUAAUUAAUUACAUCGAUUUAUGUAACACAAUUAAUCGCUUUUUUAUAAUUACAAAAGUUCCGGGCUGGAACCUUUGUAUUCACGCGUUUCUGGGGCGCCCAUAAAUGUGACGUACAGCUGCUAAAAAUAGCAACGGAAGCUGCUUCUCUCAGCCGACUGGGGUUUAAUUCCCGUUUCUAAGACGAUUUCAUUGGACGCUGGGAAAGAAAAUUGUUGUGUUCAAGUUAUGCUAAAAGUAGUUAGCCUGUCAGCAAAGCCAAAAAUAGCAUCUGAAUGUUAAACAUGUUGCUAAUGCUAAUGUCAGAGGCCAUUGAAGGUCCAUGAAUGAUCAGGACUUCCUGAAACUCUGGAAAGUUGAGUGGAUAGAACAGAUUAAAAACUAUAAAUAUCUUUGUUGAGUUUAUAUGUCUACUUAUUUAAUUAUUUAGUAAAUGUUGCUUAUUUUUUCAAUAUAUGAUUUUUGAUUAAUUGCCAUUACAAAUCCUUAAUUUAACUUGAUUAAAAAUUGUAAUCGAUUUCCAUCACCAGUUUGAAUACAUUUCUGCUGAAACCUGAAACAUUUCCAUCAAGCUGUUGUUUCUGGGCAAUGUUAGUUUUUAAAGACUUCAUCUCUUCCUUAUCUAAAAAGUCUUUAUGCUCCAUUAAAAUACAAGCGUAGAGCCUACAGGUACUUCCAUGAUUAGCUAGCACCACAAUAUGCAUAUUGGGCAUUGUGAUAUAUUGUGCAGCCUGAUUUUGUUCCUUAUAAAAAGUGUAUCCGAUGUAUUUGUGUUUAACUCUAUCAGUUAUAAACCUUGAUUCAGAAAAGCUCCAGAUGAAAAUAAAGACAAAAUGUAUGAAGCUAAAUUGGUGCCAUAAAGUUUAACAAUAAACACA